AGACGUGGAAGGUACUGACAAGGACGACGACGACCAUGGAUAAUAGUCAACUGCCCUGGAUGUCAUUUGACACUUCAUUGUUUCCCUUAACUCAACAGCAACAACAACCUCAGCAACUGCAGCAACAACCUCAACAACAGCAACAGCAAUCUCAGCAAUCUUCAGUCGAAGAACAGCGCGUCCGUCUAGAACUAGCAAGGGAGACCAUCAAAUUACGCGAGCUUGAACUCCAAAUCGCAGCAGAGAAGCGAAAGGAAAGGGAAGCAGAGCUCGCCCUUGCACAUCUACAAAAUGGGAGCAGCCAGGGGACCUCGAGCAAUGGACCUUCACCGCAGAAUCAGAACGGGAACGGGAGCGGGCAGAGUACCUCGCCUGCUGCACCUCUACCACCGCAACAAGAGUUCUUUAACCCAGGCAUGUCGUUCCCACAAGCGCACACAGCUACUUCAAACUUCGACUUCAACCCCUUCCCGCUCGAUUUCCUCCCUCAGAUACAAGGUCAAUGGCUCCCCCCUCCUCCCCAACCGCAGCAAGGCGCUCCCAGUCCUCCCCAGCCUGUACCUGGAGUAGGAAGCAACGGCAUGUCUCUCUCCUCCCUGAACAUGGGCCUGGCGGACCCGUCCUUCCCGCUCGGAGUGGACGACGCAGCGUUCGACGAUAUCCUUGCUGAGCUUCUGCAAAAUGAGCCUUCUUACGUUCCUCCCCCUGUUCAGACUCCUGAACCCGGCCAGCCCAGUCCGGAAGAAGUCGACGGAAGCCCUGAGCAAGGCAUGAGCGGGAGCAGGGAAUCCCCCCGGGCUCUCCCAGACGAGCACCGUGCUGCUACCGCAUCCAACGGACCCGUCGCAGCCGGAGGAAUACCAGGCUUAGGGCAGAUACACAAUGGUGCCCCAGCGUCCAUCUUCGACCAGACCAAGGCGCUCGUCUCGCGUAUAGCAGCACAAGGCGGGUUCGACAAGUCCGCCCUCGCCUCUCUCUCCCCCUCUGGAUCGAUUUCCCGCUCCGGCUCGGGCAGCGCUGGCCAGUCACCUGAAACCACGCUGGCCGCUUCCUCUGCUUCCUCGGUUUCCCAAGCCCAACCGACGAUGCUCCCUACCACGAAGCGCAGUAAGAAGUUGCUCCUGGAGCAGCUGGCUUGCUGUGCCCAGUGCGGGGCUGGGAUAGCGAAGCUCCUUCUGAGAGGGACGAAACAGGAACUAGACGAUCCAUUUGAUAUGCACUAUCUGUGCUCUGCCUGCGCCCCAGUCGUGCCGGCACAACAAGGUGUUCGGAAGCGGGUCAAGCAAACCGAGGACUGUACGCUCCCGACAGUGUGCGACGUCUGUCUCCGCACGCGCGGGCGAGGAGGGAUCGUUCCCCGCCGCGAGGGCACUGUGCUUCAGUUUGCUGUCGAGGUGGUAUGUCUGCCCUGUACGGAGAAGUAUAAACGGUGCUCGGAUUGUGGAGGCGGGAGCGGGAGGCUGGGAGUGGGGAAAUGGAGAUGUAAGGAGCUUUUCGACGAGGGGAGGAAGACGUGUAACCUCAGUCAUGCGAGACUCGGAACAGGAGAGCUGGAGCUAGCCGUCUGGGAGGUACCGGACGACGUGGACCAAGAACUGCAGAUCGAGACUGUGCUGAACGCGUGCGAGAACCUGUGGAAAGAGAACGUUCUCAGGAUGGCGGUGCCCGAGAUACUGGACAGCGAUGCGGACAGUGCGAUGGGGCUCAAGACGUAUCAGGAUAUUCAGGAGAAGAUCUUGCAGCAUGGGUGGCCGGCGAGGGAUUUCGUCAUGAAGGAUGAGACGUACUCGGGGCAGAGGAAGUACUUGGCGCUCACCUGGGCGAAGAAUAGGCCACGGCGAGGGAAGACGACGACUAUUGGGGAAAGGACGGGGAAAGUGGUCAAGGAUGAAGAUUGGCUGUUUGCCAAUAUCAGGCGGACAAGGAUCUUUGCUCCUGCUGGGUCGAUGCUUGUGGGCAUCUGGCUCAGUCAUUGGGAUAUGAACCGUCGGACGAUCCAUAUCUCCACCACGUCCCCUUUCGACCCCGGAGACCUCGAAGACCGUUCUGUGGUGGCCAUCGCCGAGACGCUCAACCGGAUCAUCACCACCGGGUCGAACGACGCUGCUGCCAUUCUCCCUCCCGCGCACGUCUGGGUGACAUACAACGAGCUCUCCCCCGUGAUUGAGCAGCGCAUGGAAGACGCGCUUAUCAAAAAGAAGGGAUUCUUUCCCCUGGACGAGUAUGUGCAGCGGUUCCCUGACGUGAAGCGCGAUGACUUUAUCGAGCCUAAAUACACGCGUGUUGUCAAGCCCUCUGGGUGGAAGCAGGGCGACCCAGGGAUCGACACCCCCGUGCAUAUACUCGUUAAGACCCUGGGGAAGAGCAUGAACUGGUACAGGUUGCAGAAGCUCAAGAUGCAGGAGAUGCACGAGAAACGCGUCAUGAGCCAGCUUGUGAGGAAGAGGAAGGCGUUGGAGGACGAGGAGUCGAGGGGUCGGGAUCACUAGUCUUUAUUUUCGUUGUUGCGGACUGGAGAGGAUGUUGUUU